AUGUCAUUUAUACCCUUUACUAAAUCAAAAAAUUUUCGAUAUCAACCAUUAUAUGGUCUUGGUUUAUUUGUUGCUGGAUGUUGUCCAGAUAUUCAUAAUAUUGGUAUUGCACUUAAGACUUUACUCGAUUUAUUUUCAGCACCAGAAAAUAGUCAAGCAACUGUUAUUGCAUUAAUUGUUUCCUUUCUAUCACCUCACCUAUUCUAUCUUGUUCUUAUUAAUCGACUCAUACGUCGAAUACAUAGUAAAAUACAAUCAAUAAUUCGUUAUACAUCAAUUGACAUACUAAGUAAAUCAACUUUUGAGUUAAGUGAACCAGAAGCUGAAACAUUCGAUGACAUAUCUCAAAUAAAAAAAAAAUGGUUCAUUAUCAAUAUCAAUCUUAGAUUCAUCUAG